AUGCCAAAUCAUCAAAGCAUACCAACAAGUGCAUGUCAAUUAAUUUGUGCUAGAGUUUCAGAAACAAGAAGAGUACCAUUAUCUGAGGUUCCAUAUCCCAGAUCAAAUCUGACUUUUUAUUAUUACUUACUUGAAUGUUCAUUUUUAAGAAUCAUUGUUGCUAAUAAUGAAAGAUUAGUUUAUCAUUGUUAUACAGAUUACUUGGAAAAUGGUACUCAUUAUACAGCUUUUGAAUGUAUUAGAAAUACCCCACUUCCCCAUGAAAGAAACCAAAGAAAUAUAAAUCAUGAGCAUCCAAUGGAAG